AUGAGCCUUGUGGGUAGAGGAAAAUGUAUAUGGACAGAUCAUGCAAGUAGAAGUGAUACUAUCACCACUACUACUAGUACUAACAGUAGUACUGUUUAUCACAUGAACAGUGAAGACUACACGAAUCAAAUUAUGAGUAUAAAUUUGGGUAAAGAUGAGUUAAUAUCAGGCGCCUUCGAAUACCCAUUCCAGUUCCAACUGCCUAUCAAUAUACCUCCAUCGUUCAGGGAUCAGAUCUGUACCAUAGAAUACAAGCUCACAGUGUCAUUCGUAAAAGCAAACUUUAUGAUAGCACAAAGAGAAUUUGAAGUGGAGAUACCCGUGACGAGUUACGUAGUCUCAUUUUCUAUGGAGCCAUUGAAGCUAAGUCUGGACAAGAAGCUCUCUUUUAAAUUAAAAAAUAACAUAAAUAUAACUGGACAAAUAAGUAAAACGUGUAUAAAUCCCGGUGACAGCACCCAACUGGCUAUUGCAGUGAAUAACGAAUCAAGUGUAGAAGUAUCUGUAAGGACAGAACUUAUUUUUUGUUUGACUUACAUAUCAAAUCUUAAUCGCAGACUAAAUAGAGAAGAAGUCGUUAGGAAUACUACUACGAAGACGGCAGUAGCUGCUAAAAGUGUUUCAAAUUUAAUAUGUGUGGUUCCAACGUAUCAAAAUUUGUGUUCUGUGCAACAUUCAAGAGUUAUGAUUGGUGAAUACAAAAUUAGGCUUAAAAUUGAAGUUCCUUGGCCACAUCGUGAUGCUAGUUUGGAUAUACCAGUAGUUAUUGGACCAAAAAUGCCUGAUUAUAUAGCAACAGUGCCAGUAGCUUACUGA